AAAUUAAAUGAACCCAAGCACCGAUUUUUCACAUGCCGAGACUCAGCCCUGGAGCCAUGAGGAGGUGAGAGAUGAGUCUCUUGUUUGGUAGUUAAGAGAUCCUGGAGGAAAAUUACUAGAUGUCUGUAAUAAUUUAAUUGCAUUAGUCUAUUGUAGCAAUCAUUAGCUCUUUUUGUGUCUGAAACUGAUUCAACCUGCUCUAGUCUGGAUUUUAUCAUUUAUGGAGUGCAAUAAGGAGGAGGCCAUCGGGGCCAAAGACAUUGCGGAGAAGAAGAUGCAAAAUGGGGAUUUUUCAGGGGCUCUUAGAGUUGCAGCCAAGGCCCAACAACUUUUUCAGGAUCUGGAGAAUAUAUCUCAGAUGAUAAUGGUGUGUGAGGUGCAUUGUGCUGCUGAGAAACGAUUGUGUGGUAAUGAGAUGGAUUGGUAUGCCAUGCUUAAGGUUGAGCCGACAGCUGAUGAAGCUACAAUCAAGAAGCAGUAUAGAAAAUUUGCCCUUAGACUUCACCCUGAUAAGAAUAAGUUUCCUGGUGCGGAAGCUGCUUUUAAGUUGAUUGGGGAUGCACAAAGGACUCUUUUGGAUCAAGGUAAAAGAUCUGCAUAUGACAUGAUACGCAAAGUGACCGUUAAUAGACCUAAUCCAGCAGCAGCAUAUCGUCCCCCACAGAAGCCAAGUUGGUACCCACAUGCUGCGGCUCAGCAUAAUUUCUGUGCCAACUUUCCUGGCGUGAAUGCUCAACAGCAGUCUCAACCGCACGGACAACAACCCACUCAAGCAGGGUUCUCCAAUGGCCGGCCCACUUUCUGGACCAAGUGUCCAUACUGUACAGUUACAUACCAGUACUAUACAGAUGUACUUCACAGAUCUCUUCGUUGUCAAACUUGCAACAAGACCUUCAUUGCCUAUGAUUCAGGUGCAGUUCCACAGGCAAGUAAAAUGAGUCAGCCAAAAUUUCCCCAACAAGAUGUUGUGCAGAAUCAGGGUGCUUGCAAAGUUGGUCAAGGAUCUCAAAGGAAUUUCACUACUGAGAAUAUUUUUACAGCAUUUUCUCCAAACGCAGCUCGCGCUUCAGAGGCUGGAAGGGAAAAGGUGAAUGGUAAAAGAGGAUGGAAGCCAACCAUUGAAUCCGGUGAAAGCAGCAUCGAGUCUGAGGAGCAUAUGGUGUUUGAAAACAAUGGUGAAGUUCUGGCUGGAAAGAAGUUUGAUUCUCAAGUGGAGCAGAAUGUACGGAAAUCUGGUAGGCUUAAGCAAGAUGUUUCAUAUAAGGAAAAUUUAAGCGAUGAGGAGGACAUGGCUAGUCCUCCAAAAAAGGCUAAGGGAAGUGAAUCAUCCUGUGCAACUGAAGAUAGUGAAGAAAUGCUGAAAGAAGACGAGUCUACACACAAAAAUCAAUCUGGUUUAGCUCGUGAAGUGAAAGAAAAUAAGAAAGCAAUGGACCACAGAGAAGCCAAAAAUGUUGAGGCAAGCUUGCCCAAUGGUAAGAAGGGAAUUGGGAAAGGAUUUGAAAUGGAAACAGCCAAAGGGGAUGAUCUUAAGAAGACUAGGGAAGCUUAUGCUGAUGGUAUUAAGAGAAAUUCAAAACACGUUGUUGAUGAUUCUGUGUCAGAUUCGAGUUUCAAAGAAACAAACGAUCCCCUGGUUUUUGCAUACCCUGAGCCAGAGUUUAAUGACUUUGACAAAAAGAAGGAAGGGUGUUUUUCAGUAGGGCAGAUUUGGGCUUUGUACGAUACGCUGGAUGCCAUGCCUAGAUUCUAUGCUCGGAUCAGAAAAGUCUUCUCUUCUGGUUUCAAGCUGAGGAUAACCUGGCUAGAACCGGAUCCAGAUGAUGAGAAUGAAAUACAAUGGGUCAGUGAAGGUUUACCCGUUUCUUGUGGUAAGUUCAAACAUGGGGACUCUGAAAACACUGAACAUCGUCUCAUGUUUUCCCAUUUGCUAUCUUGGGAAAAAGGAACCUGUAGAGAUACCUACAAGAUAUUUCCAAGAAAAGGAGAAACUUGGGCCCUUUUUAAGAACUGGAAUAUCCAAUGGAAGUCUGGUACUGGCACUUACCAGAAAUUCGAAUAUGAAUUCGUUGAGAUCUUAUCAGAGAAUGCUGAAGGUGUAGGUAUACGAAUUGCUUACUUGACUAAGGUGAAAGGCUUUGUGAGUGUCUUCUGUCAAAUGAGUAAGGAUGGAGUUGAUGCAUUUCUAAUUCCACCCAAUGAACUAUUCAGGUUUUCACACAGGGUUCCGUCUUUUGUACUGACUGGUGAAGAGAGAAAAGGGGUGCCAAAAGGUUCCUUUGAACUCGAUCCAGCUUCUUUGCCUGAAGAAAUUGUUGUUCCCAAGGACUUGAAGGUUGAAGGUGAUAGCAGACAUCUUAAUAGUUCACCUACAAGUGCUUCAGAAUCAGUGAAGCCAACGGUUGGAUCUGAUAAACCUGCUCCUCCAGCUUCGCCUCUGAAAUCCUUUGUCAUUCCAGAAUCAGAAUUCUGCAAUUUUGAUGCCGAAAAAACCCAGGACAAGUUUCGCGUUGGUCAGAUCUGGGCUAUGUAUUGUGAUGAGGAUGGCUUGCCAAAGUACUAUGGUGGGAUCAAGAAAAUUGAGUCCAACCUAGUUUUGAAAAUACAUGUGAGAUGGCUUCUUCCUUGUUCAUCGAGAACCACAAUUGAGUGGUAUGAUGAAAACAUGCCCACUUGUUGUGGUAGAUUUAGGAUUAGAAAGGGUUCCCAGGCCUACUCCACUGAUUCCUUUUCUCAUUUGUUGACAGCAGAGUCUACUGGUAGGAAGGAUGAAUAUACCAUCAUACCUAGAAAGGGUGAGAUCUGGGCAUUGUAUAGGAACUGGACUCCUAAAAUUAAAUGUUCCGACUUGGAGAACUGGGAAUAUGACAUAGUGCAGGUUUUGGAACAAACUGAUUGGUGCAUAAAGGUAUUAGUUUUAGAGCGUGUGGAUGGAUUCAAUUCCGUUUUCAGGGCCCAAGCAAAAGGAGGGUCUAAUGUUACAGUUGAAAUCCCUGAGGUGGAUCAGCUUAGGUUCUCUCAUCAGAUUCCAUUUUUCCAGCUAUGGGAAGAGAGAAAUGGCAGCCUAAGAGGGUGCUGGGAACUUGAUCCUGCAGCAUUGCCAGUACAUUAUUUUUCUUCUUAAUUUGAGUAGCAAGAUAAGAAGUCUAAUGCUGUCUUUUUUUGCACCUUAUAUAUAUACAUUACAUGCUCUUCCGGUCAGAUGCCGUCUAAUGAUGUCUUUUUUCUUUCCCACAAGGCAUUAUCAUGUCUAAAACACAAUUAUUGUGGGAGACUGUUUCAAUUAAUUAGGUGUAACUGGAUGCUUUUAGUUCUUAAUCUCAUUGAAUCAUGUUCUGAUGUUAAAUUGUAACAUGAAAUAUCUUUUGAGUGAACGCAAUUCUGUCUGUUCAUUGCAGAUCUGUUUGUUACAACUUGAACCAGUUUACCUUUUUUGAGGAUGUGAAUGUAACAUCCAUCAAUGUCAUCACAGCUCA